GGCAAGUGGUGUGGAAACAUAACCAAGUGGAAGGCAGAUAUGGCAGCUCGUGCUGGCCGAGGUCGUGGCCGGGGGAUACGAGUUGGCGGGGGCAGACAUGGUGGUAUGCCAUCCAUGUCUGUAACUCCUCUAAAUCCUCUCCGUGGACCAGGAUGCGGACUGGGAGGUUCGCGCCCAGGAGAAGCAGAGAGGAAGUUGUUGAGUAGUUGUGAUGUCCAGGGAUCUGGGUCUGCCUCAGGUCCCGAGGAAACGUUUCAACUCCUGCCUGGUAACAAUGGUUCAACCACUGCUUUUGCGAUGACCAUCCGGUUAACGCCUGAACUGCAUUGUCUGCUGGCUAACGCCCACGAGAGAGGAAUCGUGGCGUGCAUGAAGUUUGGGAGCAGCCCUCAAGAAGGUCAUGUGAUUAAGAUUGGCGAAGACGAGUUCAAGUUCAACUCCGCGCCAGAGCGUGAUGGACUAUGUGACAGUUAUGUGCAGCAGCGAAGCGGAGAGGAUGGAAACGGUAUCCUUGUUGAGGCUGGGCCAGUCCGACGUAAGCUCCAUGUCAUUCGGAACCUGAAUGCCACAGAGAAAGACAGACUGAAACAGAGGUCUGUUCAGGCAGAGCAGCAACAGAAGGCUCGUAAGGCCAUUGUGCUGGAGCACGAAUUUGGAACACGAGGACCUCCAGGGGCGCCUGGAUCGAAGUCUGGGAGGGACCCACCUGCAAAAAAGAGGAAGAUGCUGAUGGCGAUCCCUGCGUCCGCUGGGGGAGACAGUACAACCACUACCAGUACUGCAGGCAGACAGAAGUCCGCGGUGCUGGCUUCGAGCGGGCAGGACCAUGCAAAUGCGCUAAGAGGUAGUUCGACAUUUGGGAUGGAGAACCACCCUCAGGGAGCCAGGGGUGCACCUGGAAGAGGUGCUACCGGUGGAUCUUCUUGGAACAAGGACAACCUUAACCCAAAUACUGGUGGUGGGCGUGGCAACGGUGGUAGAACCAAUGGCUUUGCAGGUGGGCCAGGCUUGGGGUCAUCAUCUAUGAUGAUGCUACCGCCGCGACCAAGGUCAGGGCCCAUGGACUCGUCUGCACCACCAACGGGUCCUAAUUCUGCUGCCGCAAAUGGCGUUCUCCAGGCAGCUGCCAUCAAUGCUUCCAGUGGGAGUGGGGGAUUGUUUGGGAGGGGACAUGGGCUGUCUCAGCAGCAUGACGUCGACCAUAGGCCUUCUGCGUCCACAGGUGAAGCUAGUGGUUCUGGUGGCCCUCGAAAUGCUGGCACUGCAGCUGGAAAUCGCAGUCCAAUUCUGGCUGCCCCCUCCGGAGUCCCACAGAUUGGGGGAAACUCAGGAUCAGGCGUGUUACCCCAAGGUUCAGCUGGUCCAUCUGACAAUCCCCCUGGUUGCAAUCCUUCAUCAGUUUCUGUUGCUCCUACAGGAGCGCUCAUCGAUGAGGAGGUUCCCAAACAGGUUGGCGUCAACAUUGUAGACCUGCGUCAUCACUUGAUUGCAGUGUUGACAAAGGAGUCAACUGGGAUGACAGUCAAGGCAUUGAUUCAAGCAAUGAGGAAGCUUAUGCCGGAGUCCCCUCCCGUUGACGGGAAGGACAUUGAGCGUGUCAUUAAGAGCAUUGCCGAAUUCCGGGCCCCUGGAAGGUAUCACCUGAAAAAGGGACUUACACUGUGUGCUGCGCCACCCAGCAAUCCCGCUGCUACAGCACCUGCUGGUGCAGUUUCAGCUCAAAAGGGGGUGGGCGUUGCUCAUAAUCAGAAUGAUGGCUGUACUCAGAAUGCCUCGUUUAGCGUAGGUAUGGGCCGAACAGAUGCGGGUGCAGAAGGUUCAGGUGCUGUAACAACCCUGGGACCAUCUGGGGGGCCAGCAGCAGCUUCUGAUUCCACUGGCGGCCCGAAAGAGGAUAACUGCGGAACCAGAGGGAGUGGAAAUAAAGAACAUGGUGUUGAAAGGGGAGGCGAGUCCCUUGGUCUCAAUGGGCCGCAUGACGAUGUCGGUCGUGCACAUGGAAAUUGGGGUCUCAGGUCAGAAGCAGAGAAUUAUAGGCAAGGAGAGUGCAGGGAUGAUGCACGUCCGCACCUUCGGGGAAAGGAAGGGUUUGGAGCGCAUGGACUGCGUGACCAAUGGAUGGGCAGAGAGGAGCAGCAGGAGCGUGAUGACGAGGGAGGAGAAGAAGAAGUUGAUAUUGGUGGUGCUGAUGAUGAAAGGGGUCCUGAGAAUGGGGGAUGCCUGUUGGAUCGGGGUCUGGCAGCAGAUGGCUGUGGUGUAGUUAGUGAGGAUGGCUUUCAGAAUCACGAUCCCGGAGAUCAAACUACAACCACGAAUGGAGAUGGUAGCCAUCGUGAAGACGAAGAUGCCAGCAGUGAGGACUCCAGUGGCAGUGAAAGCAGCAGUGGCAGUGACUCUAGUCCUGGGAGUGACAGCGAUAGUAGCUCUAGUGGGAGUGCCUCGUCCUCCGACAGCAGUAGCGACACUGAUAGUGAAUCAAGUGGAAAUGAGAGCGAAGACGAGGUUGAUAGGGUGCCAGGUCCCAAGACUGGCGAAUCUAGGCUUUCCACAGAAUUGGGGAAAGAAGGUUACCAAGAUGAUCCCGACAUUCUACGUGACAUGGAUGUGGAGGUUAUUGAUAUCAAUAAUGAUAGUACCGAUCCCCCUCACUCUUGGCACGAGAGCGAUAAGGUUGACAAUGAUAGGAGAAUGGAGGAGGAGGAGGACCAUCAGGGCAGCACAGAGGAUGACAUAAGGAUGAAGGAGCAGAUGGGGAGAGUUGAUAAUCACAGUGGCAGACUGGCUGGGAAACCAGGGAUGCCCGGGAGUGGAGUCGGGCUGCAAUUAGAAGGAAAGCAAGAAGAAGGCGAAAUCAGUGAAGGAGAAUUCAAUGAGGAGGAUGCGGUUGUGAAUGUGGUUGAUGAGAGCGACAGUGAGAGGGAGGACAUGCAUAGGAGAAAAAUGGAGGACCAGAAGGAGGCACAGAGGAAGGAAGCAGAAGAAUUGAAAAGCCGGCAGGAGGAGGAGAGAUGUAGGAAGGAGAGAGAAAUCGAAAGACAACAGGCAGAAGCAAGACAGAGACCCGUCACCACCCAUGAGGCAUGCCCCAAUUCCGAUGAAGCCUAUGCUCUGGUGAGUCACGCAUCCGUUGUCGCUUAUGAAUGACGUCAUUUGACGACACUAGAGCUUGUCACAGCUUCCGGAAUGCGCUAUUGUGCCUUGCCAUACCACUCCCAGCAAAGAUGAAGUCGGGAGUGUCGCCAUAGCAUAGGUUUCUUCCUCUCCUGCCCAUAUCCAACCCAGCCCAAGCCUUGAUGUAUCAUAUCUAGCCGGACCUAUGUAAACACAGUUUUUUUCACCGAGACCCAGCCCACCCAGGCUAAUUUAAAAUUUUCCAACAAGUACCCAGCCCACCCAGCAUCUACAAUGAAAGCCUCACCCCUAC